GCAUUCGACCUGUCCAUAGUCAUUCAAUUAUGACCAAAUUGUUUAGGAUAUACGGAAUGAUGGUUUUUGCGUUGAUCUAUAGCCUACUGUAGAAAUAUCUUGCCCUGGAAAUAAAAUCGUGGAUCCUUCGUAGUAGCUAGGGUCUGGAAAUACCCAGUGGGGUGAUGCAUGGUGCAGUGAAGCAAAGAUAUAUCAAGUGGAAUGACUCGCGCAUGGAUUGAGCUCAACAAAAGACGGAUCAAAAGGACUCCAUUGAUACGCAUAUCGUUAUGGACUGAAUAUGAGCAUUCUGAUUUAUAAGAGGAGUCCGCUUUCGAGAGUCGAUUCGCGCUUGUACUUCCAACACUCGGGUCGGUUACGCAUGGUAAGGAUCAUAGCUCAGUCCAUUAUAUGGCGGUUGGGCGCGGGGAUAAAGUGUCCGCAGGAGGGAGUACAUAGAGGCGUUAUGUUAUGAUCCCGCACGCCCGCGCUCGCGGCACCCUCGAUGCUAAAAUUGUUGCCAUUGGUUGCACAGGGCAUCCAUCGUUGAUCAUAAGGGGUUAAGGGACCCCGGAGAUUCAUUUUUCAGGUGACGGUAGCGCGCCUGAUGGGCUUGCACUUGAUCUAUCCACGCCACGUUCAUGCAUGAUGGCCGGAUAAAUACCUCCAGUAUAUAAAGCGUGUCUUCAUUGGUGUCAACGCGUGGAAUGGAAUUGGAGACAGUAUUGAGUUUCUUAACAUUCCUGCUCUGUGAACAUAUAUUAUGAGCAUCAUGGCUUCGAUCUGGACAUGCUAGGCAUCCAGGCUCAUCCUUUGUGAAAUGAUAUCGCAGGGAGAAACACAAUGCAUGGUUUAGUGUGAUUGAUUUAGACAUAUGUCAAUGCCUACCUGCCUUGAUUUAUUCUAGACGGUCAACAUGGUUGAUGACAUCAAUUUUUAUGAUAGGCAUAUACAUUUCAAUAUAUGAAGAUCAUCAGUCAUCCGUGGCCGUGGUGUGAUAGAACCGGAUUUCGCGUGUUCGUGGUUAGAGGUCGACAGCCAACAGAAGAUUGGAACCUUGCUGGUAUCACUUUCAAUAUCUCAUAUUUUGCUAUCACUUGACCGGGCACUAUAGUUUGACCUAUACUUUAUAUUGGAUGAUUAUACAUGUACAACAUUCGUAUGGCAAUCGGGAAGAGCCAUAUGAUCACCGUAUUUCACAACUAGACCACCGUCGCUGUAGGUGGACUUGGUAUCCAGGCAGAAAGUAUCGGGAAAAUAUAUGGACAUUGUAUCUUUUUGCGCAAUCUCAUUUGAAAUGUACAUUGAACUGCUGGUAACUGAUAUAUUAUCAACCUUUUUCCGCCACAUCUGUAUGAUCAAUGAACGCCUUAUUUCGACAUUUAUACAUGAAAUGGGUAAAGCUUGAAUAGAAGAUUUGAUGUUGAUUGGUGUAAUUUGCACUAGUCUAUUUGAAUCUUUUCCUCUCUAAGUGGGGGCAAGAAAGACUUUUCCACUAUUUUACCAGGGAAAAAAUGUCUGCUAAUAUAAUAAUCACAACUCUGAUGACUUAGGCCUACUGCAAAGUUUGGAUAAUAAUGAUAUAUACGUAAAUGGGAAGUACAUUGACUAUGCGUUAAUUUAUGAUCACUAAUAGCGAAACAGAAGAUUGGAGACAUGAUUAUCAUUGAUAAUUUUACCUCGCAUUGGACUAAUAUGUGACCAUGGAUGAUGGAGUUUCUAAUGAUCUGGCAUUACCUCGUAUACUUGUUAUAUACCACAAGGUCUGGAUGAUAAUGUAUCAAGGGGACGAAUUAAUUUCAUUUGCGGAUGAUCACCGCUGUUCACAAGCAAGGACAUAGUUGGGUAACAGCAAAAGAGGAGAUUGGAUCCGACAUUAUUGUAUGUGCACUAUAUUGCGAAGUGACAUUAUGAUAGUAGAAUUGUUCACUAUCUUAGCGUGGAUGAUUUGAAGUUUGGAAGAUGAUACAUCGAUUCAAAGGAUAACCGUUUGAGUUGUGGUUACCGCAUAUGGGGUAAUCACACCUCACAUAAGUGGUAAGAACAUAUCUGGCGUGAGGACUUAUCUCGCGUAAGGACACAUUUUGCGUAAGGUAAUAUCUCGCGUAAGGACACAUUUUGCGUAAGGUAAUAUCUCGCGUAAGGACAUAUUUCGCAAAGGACAUAUCUCGCGUGAGGACUUAUCUCGCGUAAGGACACAUUUUGCGUGAGGUAAUAUCUCGCGUAAGGACAUAUCUCGCGAAGGGCAUAUCUCGCGUGAGGACAAGGGUUGGAUUGGAUCAUUGCCGAGUGACAUUAAACAACAAUAGAUUUUUAAACAAAGGAUAAUCAUGAACAUCUCAAUUUCUACUCACUUGCAACUCAUGAUGAGGGUCAUGGCCAAGCAUUUCCUGAAGAGGAGCAUUUUGGCCGGUGUUUUCCUAGUGUCGACUGUUCUAUGUAUAUAUUCCCUGAGUCUUCUCAAUGGAUCCGCUAUAGACAAGAACACUCAACACCUUGGUGUACAGAGGAGUAAACUAUUCGAUCUGAACUACAACCAAUAUUCAUCAACAGGAAAGGCGGGAACGCAAAGACCAUACGACGGUUAUUAUGGCGACGGUUAUAACGUGAGGAACAUCCCGCCAAAUCUAUUCAAACUCGCGCCAGAGGUAUUCGACGCCAUCCCUGAGACUUUUCUGCCAAGCUUCAAGAAUCCUUGCUUCUUCUACCGGGGAGUUGUCCCGUCAGGUCUUCGGUGUCUGCCCUACUUCUACCUCAUCGGGAUGCAGAAAUGUGGUUCGACUGAUCUGUGGGAGAAGAUCAAUGCCCAUCGAGAGAUCCAGCAUAAUGACAAAGAACCUCAUUGGUGGGCUAGAUACAGAGUCAGGGAACUCCCUCCAGACUACAGUUUCAACGUAACCACGCCCCUCUCGUUGUCAUGGUAUCUUAACGUCAUGUCGUAUCGGAUCGUGCCCAAGUUGUUAAACAAUCCUAUCAUGGCUAACUGGCUGGUAGUCGGUGACGGAUCAACAUCUACUCUGUGGGAUAACGCAUGGCAACAAUCGUCCAAUCGGAUAGACGGACCAGAAUACGUCAUCGCUGACGUCAUCAAGGAGGUUCAACCAAAUGCGAAGUUCAUAGUCGUUCUUCGUAACCCAACUGAUAGGGUUUAUUCUGACUACCUUUUCUUUGGGAACGAGGAUGACCAGUUUAUUUCAAAGCGUCACUUUCACGAGAUAGUUGACGAGGGCAUAAGAAGAUACCAACGCUGUACACAAAACAUGAGUAGCCGUGCCUGUACCUAUGCCCACGGGACGCAGAGUUCUCGUCUUCUCUUGGGCAACUACGCUGUCUUCCUUCGUGAUUGGCUAAGAAUAUUCCCACGUGACCAAAUACUGGUCUUGCGAUUGGAGGACUGGCAGAGCCGGUGUACCAGCAAACUGAGAGAGAUAUAUCGCUUUUUAGAAUUAUCGCCAUUAAAGCGUUCGGGCUUAUCCUUCAUUUGCGGUGCAGAGAAAAUCAGGACAAACGCCCAGAUGAAGAAACGCGUUGGAGAAAUGUUGGAUGAAACAAGGACGUUAUUGAAUAAUUUCUAUUCACCUAUGAACGCUGAGCUCAGUGAACUUUUGAACAGCACGAAAUUUUUAUGGAAUGACGUCACCCACUUACCUGAUGUAGCCAUAGAUCAUGGGCAAGCGUUGGGGAGCAGAAGAUUUCCAUGAAACCAUUACACUCCGCAAUAUGCAUAGUAUUCAUAUAUUAACACCAUCCAGUCACCAAUAGUAGCUGGGCUACUAUGUCUUGUUGAAUAAUUUCUAUUCCAUGAAAUCAUUUUCCCCCAUGAUAUUGUAUUCAUAUACAUCAUCCAGUCAUCAAUUAUAGCUGGGCUACUUGUUGAAAAAUAUUCAGAGCUCGAUGAACUUUUGAAUGGAACGACAAUCCUGUGGAACGACGUUACCGUUGAUGAUCUGUGACGUAAUCAUAAGGACUAUUAGCUAUUUAAUCAAAGAGCUUAGACAAGUAUUGAAGGACAAGGGAUUUCAAUGAAUAUAGUGUCUCGAUGAUAUUCAUACAUUUCGUUCAUCAGGUCAUUAGCAUAGCUUACCCAGUUGUAAAAUAUUUUCUACUCAUCUAUGAACGCAGAGCUUGAUGAACUUUUGAAUGGUACGAGAUUUCUAUGGAAUGACGUCAUGCAUUGAUAAUGACGUCAUUAUUAGGACUAACCUUUAUGCAAAGAGCUUGUACAAUCGUUGAUGGACAAGGGAAUUCUCUGAAGAUAGCGCUUCGAUGAUAUACCAUCAACAAGCCAGGUCACCAUUGACGGCUUAGUUUUCACCAUCGAUAUCUAAAAGCCGGAUAGAGCUACAACCCGCUCAUUUGAGGCCAUUCAAGUACUCUAAAAGGUCAGACGCGCACAAUCAUAGUUACACACUUUUUUGCGUGUGCGUGUAAAUGUUGUUUUAUACGCGUUGGUAUGGCCCCAUAUACUGUAAAUUGUGUCUUGGAGUACUUUUCCUUCAUUGAACGUUGUGCGUGCGACAGCGUAUAACGAGCCCCUUCCAGCUUUUUCAUAUCGAUGGUUUGCGUGUUAGCCCGGAUGUUGAAUUAAUCCUGUAGGCUAGCUGAGAUAACUCAAGUUAGAUAUAGAUCUGCAUGAGUUAGGUUUGUAGAUUCUUAAGAAUCACGUGAUUUAUGUGGAAUCAUGUGACUCAAAGCUUAAAACGAAAAAUCACCAAUAUGAUCAGUGAUAUGAACUAGCUUACUGUGUGUCUUCUAACUAUAUAGUUCAGAUUUGAAAUAAGAUUAGGUGGCCACGCCCAUUCGAUUCUAGAAUAAUCAUAACAAAAUUUAGGUAUUGUGUUGUUAUUGAUGUUUUAGUUCGUCUAUGCAAUUAAUGUGUGUCUGCUAUCCGGGUAUCAUUUUCAAUAAACACACAGUCAGGGAUUUUAACCGACACCUUUCCCCCCACCCAAUCAGAUGCAAGGAUGUCAGUAACUUAAAACAAAUAGACAGUGGAAUUAAAUCAGUGAAAUUCUACACUAAUAUCUGUGUAUGGGGUCGAUAAUCCUUUAUCAGCACCAGGUUAAGGAAAAAAAUUGUUUGUAUCUCUAUUUCGACGCCACAUGCAUACGACUUGGUGAGAGACACCUCUUCCGCUCCGUGAAAACAGUGAUAUGGUUGUGUUCAUACCGAUAGUUCUUGAUAGUUCUAAUCAAAGUUAAGUACAAAUCUCAUUGCUAAAUUACUGAAAUAAAUAAAAUUAUGGUGAAAAUGUUUA